AUGGCCAAAAAGAAGAACGUAUCUAAGAAGAAGCAGAACAAGGGGAAGAAGGCCAAAAAGAUGCACCAAGAGACCACCGAGCAGCUGGGUAACCAGAACGGCAAACCGGACAAGCCUAAGAAGCAAGUGGCCACCGAUGAGAAUGGCAGAAAGAUGACGGUCAUCAUGGGGGGAGAAGCGGAGAUGAAAAAGCUCUGGGACCGCAUGCAGAUGACCUUUGCCAUUCAAUCUCAGUCCAGUACGAACUCCGAAAGACUCGAGAGCGUCCGCUCAGCCAUCGAAAGCAAGUCGACCACGAACGAUAAGGAACGAGAAGCCUUUAAGAAGGUGGAAGAGGAAGUUGAACAACUCCUUGGUCGCAUGAGAGAUGCCAUCAACGCCAACAAUAGGCAGGCUGCUCAACAAGGGGUUCAGAUUUCAGACCUGGUUCGAGCACCUCCAGAACAGCCCACAAGUAUUUUCGCUAACAAAACCUAG